AUGGCCAAGCUGCCAGCACCUCGAUGUACAAGUACCGGGAGAAAAUGUGAUGGAUAUGCAUCAGCCCCAACGCAUGUUGGCCUAACAGUACCCCCCAGUCUCAGUCGCCUGACUUCGAAAGAGGCUAGAGCGCAGAAGUUCUUCUAUCAUAAGACCGUCCCGCAAUUAUCAGGAUUCUUCGGCCGUCCAUUCUGGGACACUGUACUACAGUUCAGCCUAACAGAAGCCUCAAUACGGAAUACCAGCGUCGCAUUGGCAACACUUCACGAACAACAUAGCACCACCAUGUCACGAACCACCACUCAAAGGGACAAUUUGAAAUUCGCCAUCCAUUCGUAUAACCGGGCCAUCAAAAUGAUACUAAAGAACGCAUCAGAUCCAACAUCGAUACACUUGGUUGCCGUCGCAAGCAUUGUAUUCACCUGCUUUGAAUGCCUCUGGGGUGACUCCAAGUCUGCCGCUGCCCAUGUCGCAAGCGGCAUUGGGCUGUUGAAAAUGCUCCGCGAGAAGUCUGGCCAGCCUUCUGGCUCAUGGGGCCAGCAUUACCGGAACUUCGAGCUUGCCUUUGUGGAAACCCAUGUUGCGCCCGUCUUAUGCACGCUGGGUCUUUGCGUCGCCGAGUUCGGGUAUACCGCCGACCUAUAUCUCAAUGUGGUAGAUGUUAACGGAUGUCCUGUCUUUGAUCAGCCUUUCCGAGAGCUGCCACAGGCUAGAGUCGGGAUAAUUGACAUUAUCACUGCUGCCAUGAAGACUCACCAGGACGGUUCCCCAAACCCUCAACUUGGUAAGGCUGCACAACUUAGAGCCGCGCUCGAGCUGUGGAAAAUGCGAUUUGAAGAUUUGGUUCUGCGACAAGAACAUCUAUGGGACCAUGAAAAGCUCAGUGCCGCCAACCUUGUCCGCGUAAUGUGGCAGGCCACGGCGGUAGGCCUUUCAGUUGGCCCAUCAGCCGAUGAGACAGCGUGGGAUGCGCAUAAAGCGGCAUAUGAGGAAAUCAUCCGGCUUGUGGAGUCGCUGGUCGUACGCCCCGGAGAUGUGCAAGGAUUGCCGCGCUUUCAAUUUGAGAUGGGCCUCAUAUCUCCAUUGCAUCUUGUGGCGUGGAAGUGUCGAUGGCCGUCUCUUCGCCGAAAGGGCUUGGCAUUGCUUCGCGCCAGUUCAAGACGGGAAUGUCUCUACGAUUCUCAGCUCUACUACGCUGUGUUCUCACGCAUCAUGGAGAUUGAGGAAGGCUGUCUGAGCCAACAACUAGGCCUGCGGUCUGUCGACUACGAUUUGCCGCCUGAGCAGGCUCGCAUCCAUCACUUUGUCUGCGAAGCUCUUUCUUCGGCAGAGGAUAGCAUCUACUCUCUAAGGUUAUUCUCAAGGCCGAACUGGCCUACGACUGAAUGGCGUCUUCAAACCGAGCAUAUAUGUCUCAACUCGUUUUUGGGUCAGGAAGAUGGCGUUUCUUUGCCAGCCGCUCCGACGAUGGCAAGGCCACCAGUCGUGAACCUGUUCAGAACAGGACCCAUUUUAACAAUUUCGGAAACCAAUGAAUUUCAGACUACAAUCUAG